CAUAUCCAAAAUGGCUACCGCCGUUCCAGUUGAUUCGGGAUUGACUGCUCCGACAGGGUCCAGUGCGUCUCGGAAAAUGGCAUCUCCAGAGAUGCCUGGAUCCAGUCAGAGUAUGAAGAAGACCAUUGGACACAGAGGAGUUGAGGCGAACACUGGAGAGACCACCUAUAAGAAGACCACGUCGUCAGCCCUGAAAGGAGCAAUUCAGCUGGGCAUCACUCACACUGUGGGCAGCCUGAGUCAGAAGGCUGAGAGGGAUGUUCUCAUGCAGGACUUUGUGGUGGUCGAGAGCAUCUUCUUCCCCAGUGAAGGCAGUAACCUGACCCCUGCCCACCACUACAGUGAUUUCAGGUUUAAGACCUACGCCCCCAUCGCCUUCCGCUACUUCAGAGAACUCUUUGGCAUCCGGCCAGACGACUACCUGUAUUCUCUGUGUAACGAUGGCCUGAUAGAGCUGUCUAACUCCGGGGCCAGCGGCUCUCUCUUCUACGUGUCCAGUGAUGAUGAGUUCAUUAUCAAGACGGUGCAGCACAAAGAGGCUGAGUUUCUCCAGAAGCUACUACCAGGAUACUUCAUGAACCUGAAUCAGAACAAACGGACCCUGCUCCCUAAGUUCUACGGUCUGUACUGCAUCCAGGCGGGAGGGAAGAACAUCCGCCUGGUGGUGAUGAACAACCUGCUGCCCCGCGUGGUCCACAUGCACCAUAAGUACGACAUGAAGGGUUCCACCUAUAAGAGACGGGCCUCAGCCAAGGAGAGGGACAAGACUUUUCCCACCUUUAAAGACCUGGACUUCAUCCAGGACCUGCCUGAUGGACUGCUGCUGGAGACGGACAACUACAACGCCCUUAGCAAGACCAUCCAGAGAGACUGCCUGCUCCUGCAGAGUUUUAAAAUCAUGGACUACAGUCUACUGGUGGGGAUCCAUAACCUGGAGCAGGCUAAUAGAGAGAGGGAGAGAGGUGGGGGACAGAUGGGGGACAGUGGGGGGUCAGAGGGGGCAGUGACCCCAGACCAGCGCCGACCCCAGGCCCAGAAAAGUCUAUACUGCACAGCCAUGGAGUCUAUACAGGGAGAGGCCCGCGGGAAGGGAGCCCUGGAGUCUGAGGACCAUAUGGGCGGGAUCCCAGCCAGGAACUCUAAAGGAGAGAGGUUGCUGGUCUUUAUCGGCAUCAUCGACAUUCUGCAGUCCUACAGGUUUAUCAAGAAGUUGGAACACUCGUGGAAGGCCCUAGUCCAUGAUGGGGAUACAGUGUCGGUGCACAGACCAGGCUUCUACGCUGAGCGCUUCCAACAAUUCAUGUGUAACACAGUGUUCAAGAAGAUCCCAUUGAAGCUCUCCCCAUCCAAGAAGUCUCGUGGUGGGGGUCCGGGGGGUCUGAGGAGAGCUCCUACCCUGGGAGGCCCCACCCCCCUCUCCCACGCUGCUGGACAGUCUGUAGUGGACUCCCGGCUCGUCUACCAAUCCCACUUCAACAGGGCUGACGCAGAGGGAGACAGCGGCAUGCAGUCGGGCAGGCCAGACCUGGUGCCAAGGACCCCUCCCCUGGCGGGAGGGUCAGGGGAUGCAGAGGCCAACUUUUCCACGUCCUCAUUAGGAAGCACAGGACUCACCUCCUCCUCUCCUCCGCUACAGUCAGUAGGGGUUGAGGUGCAUAGAGCAGUAACAAGCACAGACCAAGACCACGGUGUCUCCCACAGUAUGGGUGUGGAAGCGGAAGCGUCAGGUGAUCAGUCAGGUAAUGAAGAUGCCAUCUCACUAUCAGACAUCGUCCCAGAGACUAACAUCUGCUUUGUAAGUCUGGCCCAAUCCUUUUCCUCCUCCUCUUCUUAAGAUCUUCACUGUGGUGUUUCCCAUGGCUCACUGGCCUCCCUCCCUGUGUGUCCCCCACAGUAACAACUGAUCUGGAGUCAUCUGAGGAAAAGGUGAUUCUGGAACCAAGGAGGUGGGUGGAAGAGUGAGAGGGGGAGAGAAGUCUUGCAUCUCCAUCCUCACUCUUUUGAUCCAGCCCUCCUUUUCUGCAGGGGAGGUUUGGAACAUACUUCAGGCUGACUGAACGGGAUGGGGGAGGUUGGGAAGUGAAGAGAGGGAGAGUGUGACUGGUUGCCAGAGAGAGGAACAAAGAGGAAGAGAGGUGUGUGUAUAUAUGUGUGAGGAGGUGGUGGCUGUCUAAAGGCUUGGUCAGCCAGACACACACGGGUAUGCUGCUAGAAACCCUUCUCCAACUAAGUUACAGGAGUCUCUGUGUCACGGAACCCACUUACACUGUCCCACCUAUCACAAAGCCUGAAGGGGAGAGGGAUGUGGGCUUAGACACCCCUGCAUCAACAGUGUGGAGGAGGAACACCGUGCUCUAUAUCACUCUCUGUUCUGUUACUUUGUGCAUUCCUUCUUGUGGACAGUCUAAGUGGGUUUAGUUUUCAGUGACUCUGAGCAUAAUAUCUCAUAUGUUAUCAUUCUACAUCUCUCCACCCCUUCCUCCCUCCACACAGCCCGGAGAUGGGAGGGACACAGGAGAAUCAUCUCUAUAUGUAGUGUUUUUUUUAUUAUGACCACACUUUUACUGCUGUGGACAGAACAUAUGACUUCAUCACACAGACCUUCUAUUCUUUUAGAUUAUGGAUGUAUACAGUAGCUGACUGACUGGAUUUGGGGGCAGGAAUGUACAGGCCAGAGCUAUACUGCCCUACCAAGAAAAAGGCAGUAACUGCUCAUAGCGUGGAACUGAGAAAAAUGCCUUCUAUUUACCUUAGUUUCACAGUUACCUAGUGGAGUUACUGCUAAUAUGACCCCCAUUUUCUCAAACACAAUACGAGGCAGGAUACUUGCCCACGUGAUUAAGUCAUUUUUGCUACAUUAAAUACAUGCUAACUCAUUUUUGACCAAAUGAGCAGUUACUGCCUUUUUUCUUGGUAGGGCAGUAUGGGUAGGCUAUACACCACAGGGGGUUGGUGACACCUUAAUUGGGGAGGACGGGCUCGUGGUAAUGUCUUGAGUGAAAUGGUAUACUGCUAUACACCGUGUUACGGGCUGAUGGGAAGGCUCUGUCUCCAUGGUUAUCCUGGAAUCUUCCCCUCUGAUGAGACCACAUGUGCUAUAUUGAUCUAGGAGUGAGAGACCAUUGCAAGAACAUAGUAAUGGCCGCCACCUCCAUGCCCUUAGAAUAGAGCGGGGUUCCCCAACUGGCGGCCUGCUGAUGCAAUUUUUUUAAUUGGUGGACAUUAAAGGUAAACACCAGCAAAUCAGCUCCAAAUGAUUUCAAUUGAAGAAAUCUGUUCUAAAGUAUUCCUAUGCAAAAUAGAGAUGUGAUUUGUAAGCCAGGUUUGAAAUUGUUUGUCAAAUAUUAUCUGUUUGGGCUUUCUUGCGGUCAAUUUGCAGUCUACAAAUUAUUUGUAAUUAUGUUCCCCUCUGAUGAGACCACAUGUGCUAUAUUGAUCUAGGAGUGAGAGACCAUUGCAAGAACAUAGUAAUGGCCGCCACCUCCAUGCCCUUAGAAUAGAGCGGGGUUCCCCAACUGGCGGCUCUUUUCUUGACCAUCCGCUCAAGAAAAAAAAAAUCCCCCCACGGCUGAAUCUAGUUGAUGAUCCUUCGAAUGGAGGUUCACCAGAGAAGAGACAGAGGAGCAGUAAGAGGACAGGACAGUGACCUGACCACACUAACGCUAGCUGCCUGUCACUUACGGUCUUCCUUUUUAUAUCUGUGCCUUUGUGUCUGUCUGGUGCUAGUCUUGCUGAGCUGUGUGUCUCAUAUUUUAAUGUCCCGUUACACAUACAUUCAAACUCUUGUUUGAGUCUGUUUUUAUAUUCUCACUACCAAUCAAAAGUAUCUUUGAAAGAAAAUUGACCAAUCAACCGGCAGGGUUGAAAGGAAUGAGCCAAUCAAAAUUCAGAGCGAGCGUUUAACGCACACUCUACACAUGCCUUUUUCGGUCUUCGUAUGGCAGUUCAGUUUCAUCACAUUCAUUCACACCCAACCAUUUAGACUGUUUUGUACACAAAGAUUAUAUGUGUUCUUCAAGCAAUGGUAAUUCUACCACUGUCAUUCAAGCACUUUGAUACUUUUAUGUACAAUGACCUGACUUUCAUUAAUAAGCAACAAGGGAUUUCUGCUGGCUACAGAAAUGGCUGCUUCACCCCACUGAGUUUGAGACUCACCACAUUGUGUGAAUGACUUUGUUUACGUCUCUGUAGUACACCUCUUGUACAUUAACGUUUCUAUAAACAUAGGUUUGUUAUUUUUUUCCCAUUUGCUCAGUCAUUGUGUAGGAUACUAACACAAGCGCUGGGUGGCCGCUCGUACUAUUUAUCCUGUUGUAGGAUAUUUCAGACACAGGGAUACAUAUCACUGCCUAGUGGUUAUGCUAGAUCUUGCAUUUCACACCAACACAGUGUGAUUUAAAGGGCCACCAUGGCCUGAUUGUGAGGACACAUUUCUAAGUAGAUGGGAGUGCACAUGUGGUCCAAAGCAGAGGGGAAGAGAUGGACAGACUGACAAACUGGGGGAUAUCAGCCUGUGGUGGAAAUGAUUCAUGUUCAUCGAUGCACCGUGAGACAAUAGGGAAUGUUUAAAGGGAAUGGGGGAGUACAAGAACACAAGAAACUAGAGGCUGGAAGUGGAGCUCUUUCUGAUCAACUGUCAUGACAAAUUGGAAAAGCAAUCAAAAUGGUAUGGACUUGAACAUGGAUGAACUCACUGCAUAUGGAAACUACAUGGAGGAGACCUAUACUUCAGAACUUGAGUUUUGAUGAACUUGAUGUUUUCCUAACAGAUCUGAGUUUAAUGACCCUUCAAACAGAGUUGCAGCGCUCACCGUUUGAGAGGAGCUGUUCUGCAUGAUAACUAUACAUAUUUUAAAGCACACAGGAAGGAAGGGCACAAGAGAGGGUGGUAUUGGUUCCAAAUGAGUUAUUUACACAAAUAACUUACUACAUGGUUUGAUUCAUUUCAAGUUCUUGCUUUCACUACUUUUCCUGGCGAACCCACCCUCUUUGUAAAAAGCUCAUAUGGUAUUCCUGGUUAAUUUGUUUCCAAACAUGGCCCUCAAUUAAAAGUUGUGGUCUUUUGAAUGUUUUGACCUUUGACCCUGAUAACCCUGCUCAGCUUCCCCAUCAUUUCAAAGAGCUCAGUUCAGUCUUGUGCAUUUUGUUUGAGAACAGUUGGCCACCAAAGAAAACACUCCAAGCCCCAUGUUCCCAAGUUUUGAAUCACAUUUUCAAUAGAUGGUAUUGUGUCUUAUUAUAUAUCAAGGGCCUUAGUGUGACAACAGGGUCUGGAUUUGACUCCAUGAACACUGAUCAUGACUUUUAGCGUAUGCUUAACUUUACAAACUAACAUCUGACAGUCAGAACAAUGUUUUAAAGCCUGUGUGCUUCUGUGUAGAUGCUGGAUUAAACGUGUUGCAGUGUCUGGUGACUUGACUUGACCACAACAGACACCUCACCCUUUGGUGCUCAAAGGGCGGUACACUUGCAACACAGACACUACAGAACAUAUGAACUAAUGCAAUAUGAACAAGUCUGCCAUCUUAAAGUUUCAAGAACCGUAUUUAUUGUAUUUGUAUUAUGACCCUGUAGCCUGAAAUGAUUCAUAAGUUGUACAUGUACUGUAGAUGAUUGUACGUAUAAUAAUGUAUUCUGAUAGGAAAUGUCAGAGACUUAGGUAGUGUAUUGCAUAUGGGAGGGGACUAGUUGACAAUUUAACUUUUAUAUUUCAUGUUUGAUUUUGAUAGUGAUAUAUUCUCCAUUGUUCUGGGGCACGGAUGUCCCAUGCUUUUCUACGUUGAAUGUUUCACACAGCCUCCGAGCCAAUGUUGCUGGUUACCGUCUAUGCUUCAAUUACUCUAUUUUUACUCUGCCUGUAUAAAAUGUGUAUAUGUAUAUAGUAGUCACGAAAAUGCCUUCUCAUGCUGCCUGUUCCUUCUACCAUCUUUCAGUGAUGUGAUGUUUUUCAUAUUGGCUCUCUGAUUUUAGAAUAAACUUAUUUUCUAAAUGUU